AUGGAGAAUUUUUAAAAUAUUACUAAGAUUCAAGGUACAAAUUACUAAUUGUUUGUUCGUAAAAAUUAAUUCAGACAGAGCAAUGACAUUCAAAGAGGGUAUCCGAUUUAUGGAUGCAAAAUGAACAUCUAACAAACUCCAAGAAUAAAUUAUCCAAUAAAAUUCAAGAUCUCUUUAGAUAAACAAUAAAAAACUAAAUCGAAUUCUGUGAAUCAUGAAUAAAAUAAUACUAUAGGACAAUUAACAAAUAAGUGUCAUAUCUAUCAAUAAUACAUAAAUGAAAUAAUUAAUAAGAAAAACAAUAUUACUCUCAGCACUAUUGAAUAAACUAUUGCUUAGAGUAAACAGAAUAAAUAAGAUACAUCAUUUAAAUAAGAUAGAAGCUUUAUUAUGCCAAAAUUGGUUCAACAAAGGAAAUAAAAAAGAAAAGUAUUAUAGAAAUAAACUGUAACUGAGUGUUCUUUAAUUGAAGACCUAAAGCCAUGGGAAUCAUAUCAUAACUCUUUGGCUUUAUUUCAAUGA